CGCAAAAGUUUUAGUCACAUUAAUCGUAAUAUAUUAGUUACGUUAAAUCGAUCCCUGGUUUAAGCAUCGAGUUCUGUUGUGUUUUGCCGAGGGUUUUUGUUAUUUGACGUUAGCUUGCCAAACUAGCCGGAUAUCUGUCGCGAAAAUAUUGUUAUGUUAUGGGAAAAUAUGAAGACACAUUUGCUAUUUGAAUGCUAUAUAACGGCAAAUUAGUGUUUGUGAGACUGACCAUAAAACUUCGCUUGGCGUAACGUUAGUGAAAUACCGAGCUAGUUUGCUGUGAUAGUUUGAACUACAGCUAACAUCUAGAAUUAAAUAUAUACGUUUAGGAAUAGACCGGCUCUAAAAGCUGUUCCUACAGUUUUUAGCCAGUUUUAUUCAGAUUUUAGCCGCCUUUUUUUGUGCUUUUGACACUUCCUAGAUAGCACACAAAUAAUCAGGGAAUUGAAUCCGUGUUGCCCAUUUAAUAAUAGAAUCUUUCACAGUGGGCCUGUCACUUAAGUGUUUUAAAUUUGAUUUAAUAAUAGUAAACUGUUGCGUAGGGAUUUUGACAGUGUUGUGGGCAGCUCUCCAACUUUAAAAAUGGUUCAGAAUUAUAAGCAGACGUCUGGAGCCUGUUCCCCAACCAACACUGAAGAACUACUCACACCAGCACACGAGGAAAAUGUGCGAUUCAUUCAUUACACUUGGCAGCGUGUCAUGAGAGAAAUGCAGACUUGCCAGGGAAGUGAAAACAAUAUCCAGGGACCUCAGAAGUAUGUGGAGAGGACGCCAAACCCUGCACUAAGCUCUUUUACACCAGUGGACUUGAAUGAUGUGAAAAGGAAAAACACACAAGACUCCAAAACGUCUUCAUGAAACAAUUGGAUUUAUCCAGCAUAAAGACUAAUACAGCAUAGAUCUCAUGCCUGGUGCACUGAUGUUAUUCAGGCCUUUAUUUGCCGAUCCCUGAUCUUUUUUUAAAUUAUCAGUGUUGUUCACUGAUAACUUUGUCCUGUGUUUAAGGACAAAAUGCUGCUUUAAAAAUGUUUUUAGAAUUUCCCUUGAUUUUCAUAUAGAGUGCUGCAGUGAUGAUGUGUUUUUGUAGGGGACAAAUGCCUGGAUUUAUUCAUUGGCUUUUGAAUUAUUGCAGAAAACAAGCUUUGUGACCAAGAGAUUAGGGUAUUACGGAUGUAUUUUAUGUUGUAGAAAAAAAGCUUGUUCCUGUGUUACCUUAUUUCAGGCAUUAGCCAAAAACCCAUUCAGGAUAAUGGGAAUCAGAAACGCUAACUCGUUUCUGGGAUUUGGCCUAAAAUAUGUCAUCCCAAAAGCACUCUAUAUAAGCUAAUGUAACAUAGCAUACAUGUCAAAAAGCAUGUCUUUUUGAUAUAUGAUUUUUAAGUCAAACCAACAAAAUAAUUUAUUUAACCCUUGUAUUAUGUUCUGGGUCAAUUUGACCCAUUUGGAAAUACCAGUUAACCUGUGAUUUUAUUCUUGAUAUUUUGUGACUUUUUCUCAUUUAGGGCCAUGAACAUGCAUGCAAAGUGAGGAUACACUGAUGUGUUUUGAAGUGCACACACAUAAAUUUGUUACGAUUUUGAUGUUCGCGAGUCAAUUUGACCCACAUUAUUUUUAUUUUUUUUGUUUUAAAGCCACUGUACAGACCCAAGUUAAAUAUAUUUCUUGGGUAUAUGUUGUUAUGUUGGUGUUUUACUACCCUGGAAAGAGAAGAAAUUAGCUUUUUCUCAUUAUUUUCAGUACUGAAUAAGACUUUCUCAGACUCAUAUGAUAAAAGUGAGCUUUCAUUUCUAUUUUUAAUGUAUAUGAAAUACUAUUUAACUUAUCUUUUUCUUCCAGAAAUUGUGUAACUUUUUCUCAUUUAGGACCAUGAACAUGUCUAAACAAGUUGUGCUCCAAAUUUGAAGUUGAUAUAAAAAAAAAAAUGUAGGUUCCUAUACUAAAACUAGCCACCGGGUGCCAUUC